CGAAUAAAUGCCUGUUUGGGAAGUGAUUGGGGGUUUUUUAAAUCAUGGGUGCUAGGCCGUCGCUGUGAAACCGAAGCAGCUAAUGCUAGCAUUAACGUUACACCAGCUGCUAGCCGACACUGGUAUUUGUAGUUUUUCAGCCUAGAGUCGCGUUUCUCUAAUACGUUUGGUUUCUUCAACAUAGUGGACGAUUAGUCGGUAUUCGCAGUUUUAUCCCUUAUAGAGUGGUCUUCGUAGCAGCUGGGAUGCUAACAAGUAGCUAACCGUGACUUACUGGAGUCUUUAGCGCAGAAUGGAAAGCCUCCGGAGGAGAACGGCAGUCAUGUGAACGGAGAAGGACCCGCUAUGAGACACCGCGGCGGCAGAGAGGAGCCCGAAGUGUCCGCACAAGCGACGGCGGACUCGGGAAAGUCCUACACAGCCGAGCAGCUGGAGGCCGUUAAAAAGAUUAAGAGCUGUAAAGAUUACUAUCAAAUCCUAGGAGUGGAAAAGACUGCCUCUGAGGAGGACCUUAAAAAGGCUUACAGAAAGCUCGCUCUGAAAUUUCACCCAGAUAAAAAUCACGCACCAGGAGCCACAGAAGCAUUUAAAGCUAUUGGUAAUGCAUAUGCUGUUCUGAGUAACGCUGAGAAACGAAGGCAGUACGACCAGUAUGGCGAGGAGAGAACGCACCCGAGCAGACACAGACACCAUCAUGAGUUUGAAGCAGAUAUCUCACCCGAGGACCUCUUUAACAUGUUCUUUGGUGGAGGCUUUCCAACAAGUAACGUACAUGUUUACAGAAAUGGAAGAAUGCACUUUGCACACCAUAAUAGGCAAGAAAGACGAGAACAACAGAGAGAUGGAGGUCUGGCUCUGUUUGUCCAGCUGAUGCCCAUCUUAAUCCUCAUCAUUGUUUCAGCUCUCAGUCAGAUGAUGGUCACCCAGCCUCCAUACAGCCUUAGCUACCGCCCGUCAGCAGGACAUAUCCACAAAAGGCAUACAUCAAGCCUGAAGGUGCCUUUUUAUGUGGGAGAACGUUUCAAUGAGGAAUAUUCUGGAAAUAUGCUGAAGACUGUGGAGAGAAGUGUAGAAGAAGACUACAUCUCCAAUCUAAGAAACAACUGUUGGAAGGAGAAGCAGCAGAAGGAAGGCUUACUGUAUCGUGCUCGUUACUUCGGGGAUUCUGAGUUGUACCAGAGAGCACAGAGGAUGGGGACUCCCAGCUGUUCCAGACUAUCUGAGAUUCAAGUCAUAUUGGAUGGCUAGAAAACACUUCUGCACAUAUGGGUUCGUCAGUACUUGAAUCUAAUUAGAAGAAAUCGGUCGGAGCCCACUCAAAUUUGACCACAUUUCUGCAGCAAACCAAGAGAAUCAAAAAAUGCCUUACGUGUAGUGGGCAGCAGACCUCAUCAGGGAACCUCUCUGCGCCUCGGUGUAGAUUGACUUCCAGUAGAACUGUGAGAAGCUUUGAGUUCACUGCUGACAUUGUCUUACUAGAAUCUUUACAGUGGUGAGAGGCGGCCGGGUAGUCGUGCUGAAAAGUAAGAGCAUUGUUGUCGGUACGCAAAGCUACUAAGAUUAGCUUCCUCUGUCCCAAUCGUUUUCUUUUUCUUAAAUAUUUUGAGAAACCCGAUGGCCUUCUCAUAGACAGAUGUCUGAGCCACUCACAAGGAAAGCGUGUAAUUUUUGUAGUUUUACCAAUGUAAAUAUUCAUUUUACUUUUAACAGUGCAGGGGUUAUUGAAGUCAUUUACAUUGUUAAGUGGAUUUGCUUGUAGCCUGUUGGAUCAUAAUUACUGUAAACUGUUGCACAAAUGAAAGUAAACCAUAUUUAUUAAAUUAACAUGCUAAAAUUGUAUAAAAGUUUCUUUGAAUUAAAAUUGUCCAAUGAU